CACGAUCUCGGGGUGGCGGCUCUGGAUUCCGUCCAACUUUCUUGCAUGGGGUUUCGCGCCCUUUUUAUUUUAAUAUCAAAAUUUAUAAUCUAGUCACGCUUUUUUGUUAAACCUUAUAAUGCAUCGGCUCAUAGUAUUGCAUAUCCGAUGGUUUUCUGUGCGUCAAUAUCAGUGUUUCGUUUUUAAUGCAAAGUUUAUAAUAGUAAACAAAUCAGAUUUGUGAAAUUUGAUUUCGUGCCUGCAAACUGCUGACUUGGAUAAUGAAAAAAGUUCCAGAAAUGGUAUAAACUUUCUCUUCGAAUGUUUGACUUAAAUGUGCCGGCGAGAUUUUUCGAAUGAGAAACCAAUUGAACGACUUUCUUCAUGGAUUUCUUCAGAAGCUCAGAGAGUGACAGGCUUUCCUUAUUCCUUUUCACGGAGGCUUCGCGAAGUUGUUCACGCAAAAGAAGAAGAGAUCGAGGACUUCAGCGCGUGUGGCCACUAUAUUGGUUUCUGAUGCUUAUAAUAAUCCCAAAGAUCGCAACAGCUUAUUCCUUACGAAAUACUGAUACAUAUCCACUGCAUAAUUAUAAUGGUCGACGAAAUCCCCAAUCAGGAGUCAUCCGAAAUAAUCGGGUCGAAGGUAAUUGGGGAGUUUGGGGUCCUUGGGGUGACUGUUCCAGACCUUGUGGAACAGGAGUACAGUCACAAACCAGAGAAUGUGUUCCCAUUCGAGGGCCAUUACGGAAGAGGAGUAUUAUGGGACAUAAUGAUACAAUCAGCGACCGGCCCAGUUGUCUCGGGAUAUAUAAGAGAUACCACAUCUGCAAUACCCAGGAUUGUCCUAUCUUUUUCCCAGACGUGAGAACUCAGCAGUGUUCAAAAUAUAAUAGAAAAUUGUAUAAAGGACGUGUAUUUGCCUGGGAACCUUUCUUAGAUGCUCCAAAUUCUUGUGCUCUGAAUUGUCGAGCAAUAGGAGAAACAUUUUAUGCUACACUUGAACCUUUGGUCUCAGAUGGCACUCAUUGUCGUCCAAAUUUCGUUUUGCCAAGUUCAAACAUUUUUGGAGUAGAUUCUGCCCAAUGGUUGUGUGUAGCUGGACAUUGCAAGUCGGUAGGUUGCGAUGGAAUAAUAGAUUCAGGAUUAAUUCUCGAUUCUUGUGGAAUUUGCGGAGGAGAUGAUAAAGACUGUAGAUUGUUCGAAGGAAUUUUCGAUGAGCCAAUUUUGCCGAAAGGAUAUCACCCUGUGGUCACGAUUCCCAAGGGAGCGAUGUCUUUAAAUAUUUCAGAGCUUCGUUUAAGUGGGAAUUUUUUAGCUUUAAGGGACCAAAAUGGUGAUUAUAUUUUGAAUGGUCCCUGGUCUCUUAGUCCUAGUGGUUUCUACGAGGUGGCUGGUACCACUCUGUUGUAUGAGAGAGGAGACGAAAAUCAAGUGGAAUACAUUCAGGCUAUAGGGCCCUCAAAUGAAUCGCUACAUUUGGAGAUUUUAUUCAACGAAUCAAAUCCUGGGGUCUUAUACAAAUACACUUUGCUGACACGUGAUAUUCCUGAAAGUAAUUCCAUUACAUUAGCUCCUAUUGAAGUUCCAGGUGCCCUGAAUCAAGAAAAUGAAAUUCCUGAUGCGACGGUCCAGGGUAUUCAAGAAACUACAACUGAAUUAAGUCACAGCUCUCCUUUAACAUACCAAACGCCAAGUGGACGUGAAAAUGAUAAAAGAACAAGGCAAUUAAACAUAGCAGUCACUAGUAUACCACCAACAACUUCUAUGGCAGGCGAUCAGCCAAAUUCAAAAGUCAAAAAAAGACGAAGAAAGUUUGGGUGGAAACUUACUAGUUUCUCCGCUUGCUCGAAACCCUGUGGAGGAGGUUUUCAAAAAGCUCUUUUCCAAUGUUUCCGAAAAAGCACGGACGAAAUUGUGGAUGAUCGUAAAUGUAGGAAUAUUAUAAAACCUGUGGGCCCUUCAGCAAGGUGCAAUGAUCGUCCUUGUGCUGCUAGAUGGAGAGCCGAACCCUGGAGUGAAUGUUCAGUAACUUGUGGGCCUGGGGUUCGAACAAGAAAAAUGGAAUGCAUUCAAAAAUUAAAUUCACGACUAACUGUUCGAGUAGCUUCCGGAGUUUGCAAUCAACCUCCGGAUUUAAGAACCUGGGAAACUUGCACAAUGCCACCUUGUAAAUCCCCGAGUCCAGAAAUGAGAAACAUGAAUCCACAUUCUGCGAUUCCUAAAUGGGAAGUCAGUUUAUGGAGUCCUUGCUCGGUUACUUGUGGGCAAGGGAUUCGAAUUAGAAAUGUAACAUGUUCAACUGUUGGCGAACCAUGUUUGGUAUCAAACAGACCCGGGUCUGAAGAUAUUUGCGAAAUUGCUCCUUGUCCUGUGAUUCACGAGAAAAAGUCUGUUUGGCUUGUUUCUGAUUGGUCUUCGAAGUGUUCAGCUGAGUGUGGAUCGGGAUUAGAAACGAGGCAAAUUUUCUGUAGCACUCAAAAUGAAGCUUCUUGUGAUUGGGUCCCAAAGCCUCUCGAGGCAAGACAAUGUUUUGGAACUGCUUGCAACAAAACUUUUUGGUUUACCGGCUCUUGGACCAUAUGUUCAGCUAAUUGCGGAAUUGGGGUUCGAAAACGAGAAGUGAUUUGUGUUUCGAGAAUUAGAAAUGAUUUAAAAAUAGUAUCUGAUAGUGCGUGCGAUUCUAAAAUUCCGAUUAAGGAAGAAGAAUGCAGAAUGAAUCCUUGCACUGCAGAAUGGUUUACUUCAGACUGGAGCGAGUGUUCCGUAACUUGUGGAAGUGGAAUACGCAGUCGAUUAGUUCGCUGCAUGUCCGAAGGAAUUGAUAGCAUUGAUUGCAUUCAUUCAUCAAAACCUCCUGACAAACGCCUUUGUUUUGGUGAACUUUGUAGAAAGCCAGAAAUGUCUACUGUUAAAGCUACAAAAAAUACAAACCAUAAUGGCACAUGCGUUGAUGAGUAUCCUUAUUGCGAGUUGGUACUAAAAGCCGAUUUGUGUCGUAUUAAGUAUUAUAAGCAUUCAUGCUGUGGGUGCCGUUUAUAGUUUAUGAAAUCCGGAAGUACAAGUGAGAAAUUGUAUAAUAAUAAAAAAAUUUCAAGAAUGAAGAUAAAUCUACAGUUAUAAAACAGAUAUAAUAAAAGUUCUAAGAUAAA